GGCGACGACGGCGGCUUUCUGGUGUCUGCGAGACGCGGUUCGGCGGUGAAGCGCCAACGCGGGACGAGGGAGGAGGAGGGCCGUGAUUGGCCGACAGUUGGCGAGGACGGCCCGGUAGCGGGAUAAGCGCGCGGUCGCGCCGUCGACGUGCCAGUAUCGGUGCAGCCGCGGCGAGGUGUACUCGCGCUCGGAACCGAUGGACGACGGUAGGGGGCACUGCACCCCCUCGCCCGCUUCUGGUCUGGCGUCGCCGCACUCCCUUCAGACACCCCCGAAUCUGGAGCCGGGUGUCAUCGUCACCGAAUCGGACGGACUCAGCCCCAAGCAUGGACAGCAGACGUCGGGCCUUUUGGCCUCGCCCCGCUCCGCUCUGGAAACGCCGCCGCGCCGUUCGCCGGUCAGCCCGGCGGGCCUGGCGCCCGUUCAGGUGCCCCAGCACAAGGGCUACCCGCCGGCCGGAAUGAACGGGGGCGUCCCCAAACACUGCCUGGACGCCUUUCACCCGCGCGGCGGCGGCGGCGGCGGACCCGCGGUCGGGACGCCCGUCUCGGCCCCGGCCGCCCUGGCCUACGGGGGCAGGCCCACCCAUCCCCCCUCGCCGCCCGGGGUGCCGGCCGACGUGUCGGUCAACGAGUGUCGUCUCAUCGACUACAGAGGUGCCAAAGUGGCCGCCUUCCUGGUCAACGCCGAGUACCUUCUCUGUUUACCUCAGGCCUUCGAGCUGUUUCUCAAGCAUCUGGUGGGAGGACUACACACCGUGUACACCAAGUUGAAAAGAUUGGACAUCACUCCCAUCGUGUGCAACGUGGAACAGGUGAGAAUCCUUAGAGGACUCGGAGCUAUUCAGCCAGGUGUUAAUCGUUGCAAGUUGCUGUCGUGUAAGGACUUUGACACGCUGUACAAGGACUGCACCACGGCCAGUUCUAGGCCCGGACGUCCUCCGAAGCGGGCUUCGAUGAUCGGGAUGCACGUGUCGACCGGCGGCCACGCCACCCUGCUGAAGAAGACGAGGCUGGACGGAGACUAUUCCGCCUACGAGAAUGGACACGUGGCAGGCGAAAGAAUUGAUAAAUCUCACGGUCUACUCGCUAAUGGAUACAGUCACCACUCGUCGACCGCGGCAGGUGCACCACCUCACAUAAGUCCCAUCCCGUUCAUGGCACUUAACCAUCCUUCUUCUCAUCCGAACAGCAUGGUGCCCGUCAGUUUACCGUUAUCCGCAACUAGUCACGGUCACGGUCAUCAGCUGACCGGCGGAAGGACGGAUUCGUCGAUGAAUAAGGAACGUUCCACCCACGACGUCAUCGUGUCGUCCAGGGUGCGCGAUGAUCGAGUGGACAAUUUAGAUGCCAAAGAACGUCUGUACAAUUUAGAAUGCCACCGAGUGAAAGACCAAUACGUGAACGGUACAUCGGUUAACUGUCACAGUCCCGUACUCAACUUGUCGCAGAACAGCAGUCGGAGAGGAGGGGGCGAACACAGCGGAAGCGAAACGGCAUACAACGAUUGUCAAGAAGACGAUUAUAACGACAGCGAAGACGACGAAGAGGACGACAGAGAACAAGAUUUCAGCGACAAUCCGGACGUGACGAGCACCGGAAACUCGGAACGUCUGACGAACCAGGCCCUUUUCUAUCCUCACGUGCAAGUAGACGGGAUGACGGCCACGGGUCAGGUGGUGUCGUCCAUCGAGACCCUCCUGAGAAACAUUCAGGGUUUGCUCAAAGUGGCCGCCGACAACGCCAGACAACAAGACAGACAGAUCAGCGUGGAGAAAGCCGAACUGAAGAUGGAAGUGAUGAGAGAAAGAGAGCUGAGAGAAAACUUGGAAAAACAAUUGCUGGAAGAACAGAGAAUAAGGACUUACUUCACCGAUGACGUCACAGAACAUUGUAAAACGCAGAAGUCGAGUUUUUUCGCAUCUUUCUUUCACUUAAUGGUGCGCGAUGAUCGAGUGGACAAUUUAGAUGCCAAAGAACGUCUGUACAAUUUAGAAUGCCACCGAGUGAAAGACCAAUACGUGAACGGUACAUCGGUUAACUGUCACAGUCCCGUACUCAACUUGUCGCAGAACAGCAGUCGGAGAGGAGGGGGCGAACACAGCGGAAGCGAAACGGCAUACAACGAUUGUCAAGAAGACGAUUAUAACGACAGCGAAGACGACGAAGAGGACGACAGAGAACAAGAUUUCAGCGACAAUCCGGACGUGACGAGCACCGGAAACUCGGAACGUCUGACGAACCAGGCCCUUUUCUAUCCUCACGUGCAAGUAGACGGGAUGACGGCCACGGGUCAGGUGGUGUCGUCCAUCGAGACCCUCCUGAGAAACAUUCAGGGUUUGCUCAAAGUGGCCGCCGACAACGCCAGACAACAAGACAGACAGAUCAGCGUGGAGAAAGCCGAACUGAAGAUGGAAGUGAUGAGAGAAAGAGAGCUGAGAGAAAACUUGGAAAAACAAUUGCUGGAAGAACAGAGAAUAAGGAUUCUGUACCAGAAGAGACUGAAGAAGGAGAAAAAAUCCAGGCGAAGAAUUCAGGAGCAGUUGGAGAGUGAAAUGAAAAAAAGGGUUCAGUACGAAGAGGCACUGCGCAACAGUUCCGCCGAAACCAUUCGCCUACUCAACGAUUCUCUGGCGCAGGAAUUGGAGAGAGCCGAAAGGAACGUUCGAAACGACGCGGAACACAAAGUUCAAGAUUGUCCCAUGUCGGUGUGAAGGGUCCUCGUCGUCUGCCGAGAUUCGUCGUCGACUCGAGAUGACCGCGCACCCACUUCCGGACUUUUGUCGUCGGAACCGAACGCGUCUCCCCGUUCCGGUGUCGCCGACUCGCCUCGAAAAUCGCCGCAAACUUUUUUCAUACGUAAAAAAAAAAAAAAAAAAAAAAAACAAAAUAAAAAGUGCGGACGGCGCUCGACGCCUUCUUUUCGACCGCCAUCUUGCGACCGGGCGAGACGCGUGGACGGAGGGACGACGAUCGACAGUGAGAGACCGGCGAGAAGGAAAACUUCUGAGAGAAGAUUUUCGGAAUCGGUUCUCGGCGCGGAGCGGGCGGGCCAUCGAGAGAAGACGCUAAAUUUCUUCCCCCCCACCGACGUCCCCGUGGAGGAGGCGCGCGAGAAGAUGGCGACGGGGUCGUCGUCGCGUUUCACCCUUCGUGUUUAUAUUGAAAGAGAACUUCGAAAGAUAUCUCGUGUCAUUUACGUGUUAAAUAGUACUCGUUGCGUGUCUUACGUCUUCGAUGUGUUCCGGGAGGUUCCGGCGGCCUCCGCCCAACUCUACUUCGUGUUCUUUGAUAUAUUUAAACGACGCGGAAGAAGAAGAAGAGAAGACGUCGGGCGGGGCGCGUUUCCGUCGCGCGCCCUUUCGUCGUGUCCGCCUCCCUUUAGCCGUCUUUAUGUACAUAAUAGUCGAUUAAAGGUUCGAAUUCCGCCUUUCCCCCCAUCGUCGCUUUCGUUCGGCUCGGAGCGACGCCGCCCGCGUCUCGGCGUCCCGUCGCGCGGACGUCGGCGCCUCGGCCCGGGAAGCGGCGCGGUCGGCGUCGACUCGUUCCGACUUCCGGCGCUCGGGUUCGUUCUCCCGUCUUCGGCUUCCGUCCCGCCCUCCGUCCCGGAGGGGCGACGGACGGAAGCCGGACCGGCGCGUUCUUUCCAUCCCCUUCGGCGUCGUUUCCGACACUCGGAGCUUCGGUCGACCCGCGCGUCGCGUCGCAUGCGCGCGCGCGCGAAGAAACUCGGAGUUACGGGCGACGUCGUCCCGUUCGGCCGCUUCUGUCGUGUCGGUGUACAUAGCUAGGCUCUCCCGUGUACCGCCAUACUGUAUUUUUCUAUGUGUUUUCUUUGUGCCUUUUUGGAACAAUAAAAUAACUUCGCUAAUGUCUUCGGGACUUUUCCAUUCUUAACGCAUCCUGCCGCCAUUCCCGUUUACUGAGAGGAAACACUUUCCAAGCGUCGGAACGGAG